GACCGGAUAUUGGGAUGUUGUUUCCGGUGAAGCGCAUUUUGAGUUGGGCCUGAUAAAGUGCUGUGUAACGCUGCGGCUUUGAGCUGAGGUUGAACAGUGAUUGUCAUCGUUAUCAUGCCGGAUUAUCUGGGAACCGACCAGCGAAAAGCUAAAGAAGAAACUAAAGAAGAAGAGAAGCCGAUCCGAGCAUUAGAUGAAGGGGAUAUUGCCCUCCUGAAGACCUAUGGUCAGAGUACAUAUUCCAGACAAAUCAAGCAAGUAGAGGAUGACAUCCAGCAGCUUCUCAAGAAAAUUAAUGAGCUGACCGGUAUCAAAGAGUCUGACACUGGUCUGGCUCCUCCAGCGCUAUGGGAUCUGGCAGCAGACAAACAGACUCUGCAAAGUGAGCAACCUUUGCAGGUUGCAAGAUGUACAAAGAUCAUUAAUGCAGAUUCAGAAGAUCCCAAGUACAUCAUCAAUGUGAAGCAGUUUGCAAAAUUUGUGGUCGAUUUGAGUGACCAGGUGGCUCCCACUGACAUUGAGGAAGGAAUGAGAGUUGGUGUGGAUCGAAACAAGUAUCAAAUCCAUAUUCCACUGCCUCCAAAGAUUGAUCCCACAGUUACCAUGAUGCAAGUGGAAGAAAAGCCAGAUGUGACCUACAGUGAUGUUGGUGGCUGCAAAGAACAGAUUGAGAAAUUAAAGGAGGUUGUGGAAACUCCUUUGCUGCAUCCAGAGCGUUUUGUGAACCUUGGUAUCGAACCACCAAAGGGAGUGCUGCUAUUUGGGCCACCAGGAACAGGCAAAACUCUCUGUGCACGAGCUGUAGCAAACAGGACGGAUGCCUGCUUCAUAAGAGUAAUUGGAUCUGAACUGGUGCAGAAGUAUGUUGGGGAGGGUGCUCGAAUGGUUCGUGAACUUUUUGAGAUGGCCAGAACAAAGAAGGCUUGUUUAAUAUUCUUUGAUGAGAUUGAUGCAAUUGGAGGUGCUCGUUUCGAUGAUGGUGCUGGUGGUGACAAUGAAGUUCAACGAACAAUGCUGGAGCUCAUUAACCAACUUGAUGGUUUUGAUCCCAGGGGCAACAUUAAAGUACUAAUGGCCACAAACAGGCCUGAUACAUUAGAUCCAGCCCUAAUGAGACCUGGACGUUUAGACCGCAAAAUUGAAUUCAGUUUACCAAAUCUUGAGGGCCGAACUCAUAUUUUUAAAAUCCAUGCACGUUCCAUGAGUGUGGAGAGGGAAAUAAGGUUUGAAUUGCUUGCUCGACUGUGUCCUAAUAGUACAGGAGCUGAGAUCCGCAGUGUUUGCACUGAAGCUGGAAUGUUUGCUAUCAGAGCACGUCGAAAAAUUGCUACUGAGAAAGAUUUCUUGGAAGCUGUAAAUAAAGUUAUCAAGUCCUAUGCCAAGUUCAGUGCUACUCCAAGAUACAUGACCUACAAUUAAUUCAGUCAUAGUUUCUUUCUCUGUGUGACUGUAAUAUUUGCAUUCUGUAACUGUGCUUUUGACUAGCUGUAAUAAGUUUAAUGAAGAUCAUUUUCACAAAUUUGUUGUUCCAGUACAAAUAAAAACUUAAAUUUAA